AUGUACUCCUGGGCGGCUCUGCCUCGCCACAGUCUCUUUCCUCUGAGCUACAAUGGCCGGGUCUGGGCGCUUCGUGGGUCUGCGGCGGGUGGCUGCUCGGCUGGCGGCGAGAGAGGCAGAAGGCAAACUGCCCGAGGAGCAGCCGGAGGUGGAGCAGGAGGUGGAGAGGUUGCUGCAGCGCCAGGAGAAGGCGAUCCGCCUGCGCAAAAUCCAGAGGCUAAUGGAACCGCGCGGCCCCCCCGAGCGCACCCUGACCCGCCAGGCCAUGGAGCAGAUCCGGUACCUGAGGCAGGAGCUGCCGGAGGAAUGGCCCGUCUCCCGCCUGGCGCGGAGCUUCCAGGUGGAACCCGGGGUCAUCCUUCGAGUCCUCCGGAGCAGCUUCUCUCCUCCACCGGAGCGGAGCGCCAAGCAAGACGCCAAGGUCGCCGCCAAUGUGGCCUCCGCCCCCGAAAGCAGCGCCCGCCCCAGGAUCGUCGUGGCCACCGAGGCCUCCGGCCAUCUACUGCCCGCCCCCGGCGCUGCUACUGCGCUCUCCCGGCCAGUCGCCCCCAAGGCGGCACGUGCGGGCCCCUCUGCGCCGAAGAAGAAGCAGCAGCAACAGGAGGAAGAAGAAGACGAGGAGGGGGAAGGUCGGGGUUGGCGGGCCCCGAGCCCUGCGGAGCUGGAGGCGAUGGUGGCUGAGGGCACCUGGGAGUCCCAGCUGAAAGUCGUACAGAAGGGCCGAGAGUUCUUCGACAGCGAUGGGAACUUCCUUUACAGACUCCCCCAAACCCAUCAGGCCUGAGGAUCUGGCAGUACUGGAAGGCAGGCUGGCCUCUUUUUGCAUGUCAGCUAAAAUGGCCACAUCCAGGCCCUAAAAAAGGGGGGGAGCCCCUCCUCACUCGAGUCAAAAGCUGGCCCUUCAGUGGACUUCCUGCUCAGAUUCUGCUCCCAGGCAGCUAGGAGAACUCUGCUUCCUGCAGUACAAGGGACCACAGUUGCCUAGGCUGCUUCUUUGCUGUCUGCUCAGAGUAGAAUCAUCAAGCAUUGAGAGGCAGACACCAGGCUUAUAUAAAGGGUCCUGCUGAGUUUUGCCUUUACAAGGUGCUGUGACGCAGGUGGUUAGAAUUUCCCUUGGACACAUGCAGGUGAGAGACUCAGAAAGAGCCAUGUGGCCCUGCAGGGACUCAGUGGUAGUGACUGCAGCAACAGCAGCAAGGUCUCCCAGGCCUAUGAAAGCAAGUGCAUGAUGAUAAGCCUCCAUGCCUUUCUGAAAGCAUUUUGGAAGGGAUUAGUAGCUUGGGUUUCUUAAAGUUCCUCAGAUGCCUGUUACCCCUUCUUGAGAGGAAUCCCCAGCCACCUACUAUGAAAAGCAGGUUGGGGAAGCUCACUUACUCUUUUAGUGUAGAAGUUGGUAUGUUGUUGUUCGGUUUUUUUUGCAGGCAUCAGAGAAGCGAUUCUUAGCAAACUGCCCAGCUGUCACUCAGCCCCUCCUAACCUGCUGCCCUCCUGGUGUUCAGGACUAUAAUUCCCAUGGCCCCAGCCAGCACAGCUGAUCGAAGCUAUUAGUCCAAAAUAUUUGGAGGGUACCAGGCUGGACUAGCGAGGCCCUGCUUGAAUGUCUGUCUCGUGGCUGAUGCAUGAAAGGGUAGCCCAUAGGCCCAGUGCUUGGAAGUGCCUUGCCUGCCCUCUCCCUCCAAUUUCUUGGAGCUGGGUGAAAGCUGUGCUUUGUCUUGAGGCCUCAUUUGGGUGCCAGAAUUCUCCUGCCCUGCUCCUUGGUGACAGUCUGGCCCUUCGGAUCAUGAAAAGAAUGUUGCCUGGGCAGGAUUGGUGGCAGGACACAGCACAAGGAAUUAAAAGGAUUUUGAUGGAUAAAAUUCUUCUCGGCCUAAUAGGAGGGAUCCAUAUUCUGUGCUCCUACCCAUGUCUGUCAUGUCAAACAAGCCCAAACCAUUUCAUCCUGAACAUGAGGGAAUUCCUGUGUGAGGAGCAUGAAGUGCCUGCUGUCAGAGGGAAAUGACUUUGUGAUCCUCUUAUCAAUGAUUUGGGAUGAUCAAUAAAAGUGCAAGAUCUGUAGGGGAAGAGGAAUGAGGAAGAUGUGAGUGUAUUCUUCCUUUAAAAACCUCAAUUUUCUCUUUUUUUGAUGGUUUACAAAAUGUAAAAGAUUGUGCUACAGGCAGAGGGGUCUCCCGUUUGCUGGCUUGGUGGAAUACUUUUAGGGGCUUCUAAAGUUGAGGUUUCAGAGUUCCCAUUCUAAUCAAUAGGAGGUGAAGCCAAGCUGGGGGGGGGGUGCCCCACUACAUGUCUCUUUGGUGAAUGGGAAGACAUGAUGGUCUUUGCUUCCCUCUGCCCUCAGAGCAGAGAAGAUGAGUGAGGCUGAAAACCCAGGAAAAGAAAGCAAGCAUACUGGGCAAGGCUCACCUUUGUGGAAUUGUGGAAUCCUCUUAGGAGGACUUAAUGGGACUAGAAAAAAUGGGAUACCAAUAUGCUACAUAAAAAGUAUUUACUACUCCUGUGGCAUGGAAGUGGAAGUAGGAAAAUAAAUUUACACUCUCCAUAAGCAAUAAAGAUGUGAGACCCCUAUUUGUAACAGUCUCAGCUCAAAAGUUUUUUUCUGUUAUCCUAGCGUUUCUUACAGCUUUUUCUACCCUCAAAUCCUUAUUUUGUAAUAAAAUGCUUAAAUCUUUCAAGUUAAUACUUCUGUUUCAUUCUACAAACAUGCAGUUAACUGCAUUCUUAUAUAAAGCAGCAAGGAGGGUUCCCCCCCCCUUUAAUUGGGUGGGGGUUGAAGCUUUAUUGCAGUCAGCCUGUGAAAGGGCUCUGCCCUUUUAUUCAUUUCAGUGAACUUGUGCUGCAGAACCUCCAGGUACCCUCAUUGCUUUCAAGAUGGGAAGGCCACCAUGGAGUCAAGAUGGGAAGGCUUUGCAUGCAGUCUCCUGUAUCUCUAAAGGGAAAAGUGGCUGUCUGUUGGAGAUGCUACCUGCUAGAUCAGGGGUCAGCACAGUUUACCUUGCCUGGGCCAGUUCACUCCAGCGGAGAUCCCUCUGUGGGUCGGAUUGCGCGCUCAAAUGAGCUCGCGUCUGCCAUUUCCAGAGUCUGUGCAGACGCGAUUUUCGGCACCGUGGAAGCGAGUCCCCGCACUGUGCCGGUUUAGUGCAGCGUGCAGGGUCUCGCCAAGCGGGCUGCUCGGUUUGGGGGCUGGUUAAGCGACCCCUGUGGGCAUUUUAAAGCCACAUUUAACAAGCCUGAGGCUCUAAGUACAGUAUACCUGAUGGUGAUUGUGUUUAAUGGAAAUUCUGGUUUAAUGUAAGUUGUGUACUUGAAUUGCAAUAGCAACAUGGAGAGUAGGGUGAUUCCCAGGUGCAUAGAGAAACAGAGCUGCUUGAAGAUAGGGGAACAGUUGGGGAUGAUUUUAAUUGCAAAAAUGGCCACGUGCUGCUGCAGUCAAGUUUGCACAACCCCCCUUCAAUCUGCA